CAACAUAUUUACCGAGUUGCCAUAGGCGCACUAUUAAUAGGGCUCGCAACUUGGCCAGGCAUCAUACGGCGCGGUGAAUGCUCGAAGUGUCAGAAGUAUUGCACAUUGUUAUUGAAAUUCACUGAAAAGGGCUAAACGAUUUGAGCAACAAUGGACGUGUUUGCGAUUGCAGGGCUGGUUCUCAGCGGACUGUCUGCUAUACUGGACACUGCGGGUCUCGCUAUUCCAUACUGGUCGUACCUCAGUUUAGGCAAAUCUACAGUUAAUUCAGGACUUUGGUCAUAUUGUUCUUCUAGUGGAGACGUGUCUGCGUGUGUGACAAUAGCAACUGCUUCCGGCACAUUGGCGGGAGUGCGCGCGAUGGUGGUUCUGGGUCUGCUGCUUAUGAUCGGCGCGGUCGUCUGCUUCCUGUUGCAGAAGUUCAUGAUGAAGGACAAGGUCAUCCUUACCAAGGUCGCCGCGGGGCUUGCCAUACUGGCCGGAAUAUUUAUGUUGAUCGGACCUGUAAUAUACGCCACCUCCAAAGAAUUGAAAGUGGAAGGUUCCUCCCUACAUGCGGGUUUCGCUCUGUGCAUCGUGGCGGCAGUGCUGGGUAUUGCUGGUGGAGUGUGCAUGUUCAUUAAUAAGGAAUAGGACUGGCGGAAACUUACAGAAUAUUUUUAUUAAACAUAUGUUAUGACAUCGUAAAGCCUUAUUUUCUUAUUUAACACUUGCAAAAAUGUGUGUUUCCUUUAGUGAGCGUAAUUAUUAACUAAUAGUUCUAUGUAAUUAAUGCAUUUUUGAAUGUUGAUCACACGCAGAAUAUGCGAGCAAUACUGAAUUGUAAAAGAUUAGUAUUUAAAUAAUGCUAGAAAUUGUUUGCUGUUUAAUGCAACCAUUAUGGAUGUUUAAGUUAACAUUUUUGGCGUUUUUCUCCCUUUAUUUAUUGAAUGGCGAUUGCAUGCGCAAUUAAACUACUUUCAUGAUUUUUCAACAUUCUGUUUAUAAAAGCUUGGAAAAACUAGCCUUAUAAAAAAGUAUAAUUAAAUGGUCUGCAUGUUAUAGCAUUAUAAUAUUCAUAUAUACAAAUACAUAUCGCUUGAAGAUGUUGUCUUGUCGCUAAAACACAUGAAUGUUCUGGUGCAUUCACUCUCUACAUUCCUCUUUAACUUUAACUAGUUGCUUUAUGUAUUACUUAUAUAUAUUUACAUUUAAAAUACGUUUUACGUGAACUGACAAGGUAUACUACAACAUGUAACGUUGUUGUCAGCGCAUCUGGUAAUUUUGUUACCGAUGUUCACCUGAUUGUGCAUCUGUUCUUGCUAGUGAUAUAAAUGAAGUUUUAUAAUUUAUUUAUCUUUUAUAUAUAUUAUUUAAUAAAGAAUUAUCACAUC